AUGCUGUGGUGGUCAUCAGGGAUGAAUGAUCUGAGCAAAAGAGCACUUUUUCUCGUUGCGAAUCUUUCGCUUCCAACGUUUCAGGUAGUAGCCGUUGGCGCAGAUUUGGGAUGUGCUCACUGCCGACAGAGAGUAACACAAGUCACAACGAGGAUGUCAGGGUCGAAGGAGUUUGCUGUCGAUGUCUGCAGAAAACAAGUUAUUAUUACCAGUGGCACGAAAUGUAUAAAACGUAAAGUGGCAAAGCAUACCGAUGCUGAAGAGAAGAGAAUAAAAAAUCCUUCGAUCAAAUGUAUAAAACGUAAAGUGGCAAAGCAUGACGAUGCUGAAGAGAAGAGAAUAAAUUCGGUUUUCGAAAGUCUGUACGAUUUCUUGAUUAGGAGAGGCCUUUCUUUGUGCAGAUCACUUAUUUGCUGUAGGAAAUGA